AAAAAACGUGUGUCAGUUUGGUGAGACAGAAGGCAACUGUGGACUACACACCUAACCAACCAGAAACAGAGGGCUCGACUUGUGAAAACUCGCAUGUAUAUACGACUCAAAAUGUAUCCUUAUGCGAAACAUUUAGUAAUGUAUCCUUAUCCGUAAAGACCCUUGGAAUGUACAUUUACGUUCAUUUGAGUGUGAGAAAAGUAUGAUUGUGGGAUUUUUGACAUCGCGCACUGACUGCGCGCGAUUGGGUAAGUCCUCAGUUUAAGAGAUAUGCAUCUAAAGCGCCUGUAAACUGACAUUUCUGACUUCACCAUCAACAUGCUUGUGAGAAACAACUCGGUGAUGAUCAACGAGCAGAACAGUAAAGGUCGGGACCCGACCAUUCCGGUAAUUAUGUUUAUAUUCGGUGUUGUCGGCAACGUGAUUGCUAUUGUAGUGCUUAGAAAGUCACGGAAAGAGCAAAAGGAGACUACUUUUUACACUCUGGUGUGUGGACUUGCUGUAACCGACCUGUUGGGUACGCUGCUGGCGAGUCCUGUUACCAUUGCCACCUACGUGAAUGGUGUGUGGCCCGGUGGGGUACCGCUGUGUCAGUAUUCCGGAUUCAUUUUGCUCUUCUUCUCCUUGGCUGGACUUAGUAUUAUUUGUGCCAUGUCCAUUGAGAGGUACCUCGCCAUCAAUCACGCGUAUUUCUACAGCCACUACGUGGACCAGAGGGUGGCAGGUUUGACGCUCAUGGCCAUCUAUGCGUCCAACGCGCUCUUCUGUGCGCUUCCCACUAUGGGACUGGGGAGUGUGGUGCAUCAGUAUCCAGGAACGUGGUGUUUCAUCGACUGGCGGAGCAACGACAGCACGAACGCCACUUUCUCCUACAUGUAUGCAGGCGUGAGCUCCGUUCUCAUCCUCGCCACCGUUAUCUGUAACGUGCUGGUGUGCGCGGCGCUGUUAAUGAUGCACAAGCGCUUCGUGCGCAGGACCUCGCUUGGCACGGACCAGGGGCGCAUCGCGGAGAUCAGGCGCAGGCGGAGUUUCGCCCAUCUGGCUGGCGCAGAGAUUCAGAUGGUUAUCGUCCUCAUAGCCACCUCUAUAGUCGUACUCAUUUGCUCCAUUCCAUUAGUGGUGCAGGUGUUUGUAAACCAGCUGUACUGUUCCCCUGUGGAGAUGAUAAUAGAGCAGAACCCAGACCUUAAAGCUAUCCGAAUUGCCUCUGUAAAUCCCAUUCUUGACCCCUGGAUCUACAUCUUGCUUAGGAAGACGGUUGUGCAGAAGCUUCUAGAAAAGAUAAAGUGCCUCUUCUGCCGUAUCGAUGGGCGAAGUCAUGGGAGGAACCCUACAGAUUUCCACUGUAGUAGUGGUGUCCACAAUUUGUCAGUUGUGUCUAGGGAUUUGCCUAAGCUGCCAGAGGUUAUCAGCACAUCACAGACGUACCUUCACUCUCUGGAGGGGGUGCAGGAGAAAGGGUCCUCCACUCAUUCCGUGCAAAGUGGGACUUGUUCAGCUUCAACCAAACAAGCGCUUCUGUGCGACUCUAAGGGGUUGGACCUCAGUAGUGGACACAGCUCCAACAACAGGACAGAAAGUAGGGAAUGUAGAACAGACUUUCUGAAAAUGCACUUGCUCACACACUCCAGCCCAAAUGAGAUGCAGUGUUCCAAGCACCAGCCCUUACAAGUAACAUUUAAAGAUGAGACUCUUACCUUACAAGAAAGGCACAUAUGAAAGAUGCUCUGAACAGAAUGCCAGCCAUGUGGAGGGAGCUUUUCAACAGUGCCCAAGAAACUCUUGAUUUUUAUUAAAAGCUUGAUUGACCAGAGCAUGAUUUCUGUUGGUGGUAUACAUUUCAAGAGCUUGAUGUGAGUGUUUUCAAAUGGAACCAUAACUUCUCAGUGCAAAUAAUGUGCAAAAUAUGGAGUGGUGGUGGCGUAGUGGACUAAAGCACUGAACUGGUAAGUGGAAGGUUGUUGGUCCAAUCCCCACAGCCACCACCAUUGUGUCCUUGAGCAAGGCACUUAACUCCAGGUUGCUCCAGGGGGACUGUCCCUGUAAUAAGUGCGCUGUAAGUUGCUUUGGAUAAAAGCGUCUGCCAAAUGAAUAAAUGUAAAAUGCAAAUACUGAAAGGAAAACUCCCCAAGAACGGAUAUUUAAGAGAACUGUACCAGUCAAAGCAUUAAACUAAAGUUUCUGUAACCAACCAUGAUGGUUCGAGGAACAUAUAAAAUUAAACAAAAAUGAAAAUUCUCUCAUCAUUUAUACUCACCCUUAUGCCAUCCCACAUGUGUAUGGCUUUCUUUCAUCUGCAGUAAAUUAAGAUCUUUAAAGAAUUUCUCAGCUCUUUUGGUCCAUACAAUGCAAGUGAAUGGGUGCCAAAAUUUUGAAGCUCCAAAAAAAUCAGCAUAAAAGUAAUCCAUACGACUCCAGUGGUUAGAUCAAUAUCUCCAGAUGCGAUAUGAUAGGUGUAUAAAUUCUCCUCCCUGAUCAGUCAAUCUCCACUUUAACUUUCACAUUCUUCUUCUUCUUCGCCCUGUACUGGGUAGGUAUAAGAAUUUAUAACAAAUAUAGACUAAAUAUUGAUCUGUUUAUCACCCACACCUAUCAUAUCACUUCUGAAGACAUAGAUUAAAAUACUGGAGUUGUACGGAUUACUUUUAUGCUGCCUUUAUUUGCUUUUUGGAGUGAAAAAUGUUGGCACCCAUUCACUUGCAUGAAUGUAGCUCUACAGAGCUGAGAAAUUCUUCCAAAAAUCUUUGUUUGUGUUCUGCUGAAGAAAGAAAGUGAUACACAUCUGGGAUGGCAUGAGGGCGAGUAAAUGAUGAAAUAAUUUUUAUUUUUGUGUGAACAAAUCCCUUUAAGUCUUCUGAGAGAUUUCAGUGGAUAGGUACAUUGGCUUCUUUUUCUGGAAAUAACUAAUUUAAAUAGAUAUGUCUGUAGUUAAGCAACAGUAUAUGCAGUGAGUAUACAAAAGCUCUGAUAAAUGUGUCUCAACUAGAAAGAAAACUGCAGAGAAGGCUAAUUUUGACCAGAGAAAAUUCAGAAUUUGAUUCAGGGGGAGGGAAAGCGAUCCCACCCUGUUUUGAUGGAUGACCUUGUGAGCAAAUAUCUCUGCGUUAAGUUCCCUUUUGCAGACAUUCUGUUAAGAUCUUGAUAAGGUCGUAAGUUAAACCAGCCAGUGUGCCAAAGUGUCAUGUUCUCGUGCUGAAACUCCUGCAGCUUGCAUAAUCAAAUAUUUCCAUUUCCUUACGUUAAGGUGAGCAGACAAUCAUACAAACACAUUGAUGCAUAAACAACUCUCCACUAUUUUAAACUUGUACUUAUGUAAAAGAGUACAAUAUAGCUAGACGUAACUGUACAUUCUUUGGGAAUCCCAUAAUAUGUACAUUAUUCUGUGAAUUUACCAAGCAAUUUUAUAUCCACAUGUUUAAAGACAAUAUGAUCUUUACAAAAUACCUUAGCACUAAAUCACAACAUACAAAGUAUGAGCACAACAAUUCACAGCAUUUCAUUUUCUAAAGAGGUUUUUUUUUUCUUUUUAAGUAGAUACAGAUGAUAGAAUGUAUACCAAGGAGAUGAUGAAAGCUACAGACAUCUAAAAUGUCUUUUUUGAGGUCAUACAUGUUGCACUUUUAAACCCUAGUAACCACUGAAAAAUAAAAAAAAUUGAUCACUAUGGCCUUGAUCAGUCAGUGGUCGUCAAGGAGGAAUUGAGUCAAUCUGUACAUAUUUGUGAUGCUAAAAUGUGAAUGCCAUUUCAUUGUAUUUGAUUUAAUUUAUUGUAGAAUUUUUAGACAAUCUAUUGACUGUAGGUAUUUCUUCUCUGUGAGAAGGUCAAAUUUGACAUAUUUCUAUCCUUGUCAAAGCAAUUAUAUGAAAAGGUUUAUUUCAUUUUACAUAUUUUAUGUGCAUCAAAAACAAUGCGAGGUGUGAUUCAAACUGUACUUAUGGCAAUGCACCAUCAUCUGUUGCGUGUGUAUAAAUGAUUAAACAUUACAAUGUAUAUUUACCUCUAUUGAUUUUUUUAGACAUAUUGCAAGACAUGAAUUUUAAACUUUGUCUUACUUAAUACCCUUGAUGAAUAGACUAUUCAAAAUGCACAAUAGCUAUCUAAUGCUUAAAUAAAUUGUGGCACUGAGAUGUCAAAUAGAUCACCAAAAACAGAAACCCAGUGGUAUCUGCUUUCUCACUAACACCCAUUAUGAUAAUCUGAGCAAAGUAGCCUUAAAAAAAAAUUUAAGGCAUCAUAAAGUUCUCAGUAUUACAAAGCAGUUAUUCUUCCAUAUUGACUGCAGCUGUACUAAACAAGACAUUCUCCACUUCUAUUGGCAAUCGAAGGCAAAUUAUUUAUUAAGUAAUUUGUAGGAUGAUUAUUCAUUAUUUGAUCCAUUAUUGCAUCACUGUUUAAAAAUUGUUUUAUUGUCUACAAAAGUCACUUUUAAGGAAAAUAAAGAAACUGAAGUGAGUUGCUUCAUAUUUCUUA